GCUAGCUUCCACUAGCACUGCUGAUCGAGUUGAAGCGAAGCUAUUGUCGAUUGAAGCGUUCUGUACAGAAAGAUCCAGAAUCUGCUCAUUUUAACCUUCCGCGCAACUAUGAAUGGAGAUCACUGCAAAUGUGGUCCGGGCUAUGCCUCCCCACAGGACGCUAUGAAAGGUCCUAGAGAGAAAUUAUUGUAUUUACCAUGCAUCCUGAGUAACACGGGGAUACAAAAGCCGGACUAUCUUGCCACUGUUGAUGCAGAUCCAGACUCCCCUAAUUACAGUCAGGUUAUUCAUCGCUUGAAGGUUCCUUAUAUAGGAGACGAGUUACAUCACAGUGGCUGGAAUGCCUGCAGCAGCUGCCAUGGAGAUCCCAACCAGAAAAGAAACCGCUUGAUUAUGCCGUCUAUUACAACCAGCAGGAUCUACAUUGUUGAUGUUGAAUCUGACCCAAGAGCACCGCGUAUUCACAAGAUUGUUGAACCAGAGGAAGUAUUUGAGAAGACAGGCCUGGCCUACCUUCAUACAUCACACUGCCUGGGUAGUGGCGAGAUCAUGAUCAGUGCCUUAGGUUCGCCGGAGGGAAAAGCCGAAGGGGGCUUCGUUAUUCUGGACGGGGAGACUUUCAAGGUCAAAGGACGUUGGGAAGGUGGAAGUGAAAACGCAGCACCCAUGGGAUACGACUUUUGGUAUCAGCCUCGACACAAUGUAAUGAUUAGCUCUGAGUGGGGAGUGCCAAGCGCCUUAGAACUUGGAUUUAAGAUUGAGGACGUGGCUGCAGGAAAAUACGGGUCGCAUUUGCACGUGUGGGACUGGAACGAACGAACCAUAAAACAGACCAUAGACUUAGGAAUGGGUACGAUUCCUCUAGAAAUCAGGUUCAUGCACGAUCCUGAUCAGACGCAAGGAUUUGUGGGGUGUGCAUUGAACAGCACCGUUGUGAGAUUCUUUCAAAAUGAGGAAAAGACUUGGAGUGCAGAGACCGUAAUCAAAGUCCCAGCUAAGAAAGUGGAGGGCUGGGCUCUACCGGAAAUGCCAGGUCUGGUUACAGACAUUCUUAUCUCGCUCGACGACAAGUACUUGUACUUCGGCAACUGGCUGCAUGGAGACAUCAGGCAGUAUGAUAUCACAGACACUAAGAAUCCUAAACUAGUAGGCCAGGUGUUUGCCGGAGGCAGCAUCGUCAGUGACGGACCAGUGAAGGUAAUUGAGGAUUCUGAACUGAGCGCACAGCCUGAGCCAUGUUACGUGAAAGGGAAGCGAGUUCAAGGAGGACCGCAGAUGAUUCAGCUGAGUUUGGAUGGAAAACGGCUUUACGUCACAACAUCACUAUACAGCGUUUGGGACAAUCAGUUCUAUCCUGACCUCGUUAAGAAAGGCUCUAUGCUACUGCAGUUUGAUGUCGAUAAUGUUAACGGUGGCCUCAAGUUAAAUCCUGAUUUCUGUGUUGAUUUUGGAGACGAACCCGACGGUGCAGCCCUAGCUCAUGAAGUUCGUUAUCCGGGGGGAGAUUGCUCCUCUGAUAUCUGGCUAUAGUAGCCAAUAACAUGUAUCAGAUAAAUGUUACUUCACCAGGUCCAGAAUCAGUGAAAAAGGAAAUUGUACCCGCUAAAAUUUAAAUGCCCGAAAUAUAACUUUUUUCUAGCUAGCUUUUUUCUAGUUUCUUCAUUACUCGUAUUGAAAUAAAAUUCAUAUGUAAUUGUUUUUGCUAGAAUAGUCCUUUCUCUGUAACAAAAUGAUCAACAAUUUGACAAACAGCUUUCAUGUUGCCGUGAAUCUGUUCAGAAACAGAUCACAGAUGAAUUCAAAAUGUGGUAAGAACAAAAAAGUGGCAAACCAGGUGCAGCCGAGUUUGUCAUUGAUCUUCUUACCACAUUUAAAAUUUCUAUACUACAUGUUAUAUGUAAUAAAAAAGCAAGAUUUUGUUGCUGUUGUGACUUCAUCGAUGUAGUUCAUAAGUGAGAACACAUUAAAAUGCCUGUAUGAUUAUGCUUAUUAA